CAUCCAGACCUUUGGCGAUCUGUCUAUUAAUCUGUGACGUUAUAUAACCUCAAUACGAGGUUGAAGACGUUAUUUCACCAACCGGUGAUCAAAUUUGAAAAACCCUCACUUGUAUCACUAAUCUGAUAUUAAUCCAGUAUUACAAAAAAGUAGAAAGUAAGCAACAGUGAAAUUACAAUAAAAUGCAAAAUGAAGAGAUAAUACAAUUGCGUGGACUGAAGAAGAAACUUGUAGAAAAAGCGAUUGAAUUAAAAAAUAAGCUAAAAGAUCAUGAGAAUGGCAGAUAUUCAUUAAUUAAUACCAAAAUCACAUUGCCUGCUGAUAAUGAAGAUCACAAACCUUCGAAAUCGCAAUCUGACAAGUACAGAAUUAAAUUGUGCGAGAUUGCUGGUCAGGUAACAGGAAUAACAUUUAAAGAGGUCCAUAAAAGAUGGUCACAGGAUGAUACUUUCAUUUAUACAGCUAAAGUAGUGACAAAAACAAUUUCCUUCUGUCUUGAAUUGACAGUAGAUUCCAUGCAUCUAGAUGAUCUUAAAAUCAACAAUAUAAUGUGCCAUUUUACAGACAUCGAUAAUUGUUACCUAUUUGAAAUAUUUCCAUGGUUCGAUAAGAUGACAAAGAUGAAAAAUUUUUCUCUUCUUAUGUCUGCAUUUUCCGAUUACAAUAAAAAUCAUAUUGUCAGAUCUAAGAUUGUAGACAAUUUAGAAUCGAAGAAAUAUGCAACUAUAGAAGAAAAUACUCAGGAAAAUGGAGGUAUAUUAUUGCAUAUGUAUUCACCCACUAAUACAAAAGAAAAUUAUAUAAUAUUUCAAUGGACACUGAAAUUUAUGGAGCCUACAUGGCGCAUUGAACAUUUCUUUACAGUAAAAUCCACAGAAAUAGGAAUAAAAUUUUCCGAAGAAAAUCGAACCUUAUUAAAAGAAUUUUGUGAUAUUGGCUUGACAAAGGAUAAACUUAACCAACUAUGGCAUAGAUUGUGCAGUGCCAUUGAUAUUUAUGCUAAAGAUAUAAAUAUAUAAUAAAAUUUAUUUCUCGAAA